AUAGAGGGUUCCCCUUUGAGAAGCUGAGACUGGGAGGGGGCGUGGUGGAGCAUUAGGGGCUGUUUUUUAGGGAAAGGAAAGAAAGGGUCCGAAACUCCUCAUUAUAUGCAGCUUGGAUGAGCCCAUGUAAAAAUGCAUUUUGAUUAUAUUUAGAAUUUUCACUUCUCUCUAUGCAUAAAAUCUUCAGGAGUAUACAAGUUUUGCAUGUAGUUUUCCAUCAGAAUUGUCUUGCAAGGUUAGUUCUAACAAGGGCACAUACUACAUGAAAUGGCAUUCCAGUUUAUAUAUGGAUUUGGAAAGUGAGAAUUAUCUACUGCUUGAAAAUAUCACCUUCUUUUGGUAGGAUGACACCUUUGUGUAUAUAUCUGCAUAUUCCAAGUGAAGGAAGGUCUUAGCUGUAAAAUUACCUUUGAUGCUAACUUAAGUAGAAAUCAGAGAUGUACAAAAUGUUGGAGAAAUCCAUUCUGGUUUGGGACAUUUUGGUUUCAGAAUGUUUUGCAUGCCUCUAGUAGAAACCCUUUUGUUCUAUCAAGGUGUGGUUCAUGUAUUGCAGUAAACCAUUGUUUGCUGAUUAAGCUGUAGCUGGCCAGGUUCACAUAAAUAUAUAUUAUAAUGGCUGGUUUCAUUUUAUUUCAUUUAACUAAAAUGAAAUAAACCACUUUAUGACAGUCUAAUGUAUUAAUUGUCACUGUAUAUGUGCAAGGAUUCUCCUCUGGGAUCCAGUUUCUCCCCCUAAAUAGUAUUCUUUUGCAAAGUUAAUGGCUGCUUUAAGGAUGUUUGCCCAAAACAACCAGCUGCAGAGAAUGACUUCUACAGCCAUAUUUUGCUGAUGCAAACCCCCUCCUCAAACUUUGCAAAUUCUUUUUUCAGCUUCUCAUUUAAUUGCAUGACUUGAAUGUUCAGCAAAUUACUUACAGUAUUUUGUCAUCUUUAGUCUGUGCAGAAUUCAAUUAUUGGUUGAAAAUAAUGGAACUGAAUUGGGUCUCCUACUUAGUCCGUGUUGUGAACAUUUAUAACAUGCUUGCUAACAAGCAGCAGGCUUAUUAUGGUUUUACAAGUGUGGCCCACAAGUUGAGAUAGCUCCACCAGAGACUGGUUAAAUGGAAGCCAGGAAUUCUGCUUCUUUCCUUUCCCAAUUGUUGAAGUCAUAAGGCCCCUGAAAGUGCUCCUAUCUGCAAAAAAAUUGGUGGAGCCCAGCAGAAGAGAUUGAACACGUCCAGCUGAAUGCUGUUCAUUUGCCAACAAGCCAGAAUUCACUGCUGCACGCAUGCAAGAGAAACAAAGCGAGAGCCAUGCUUUGCUGCCGGGGACUGUCCUUGAUUUGCAAGCAUCCUUUAUUCUGGUUGGCAAGAAGAACAGUGGCACUUCCUAGUACUGAUGGAGUAGCUGGCAACAUGGGGUUUAGUCAGAAUUAGUGUCCUAAUUUGCAGUCGAUUUUCUACUCAUAAAUAAUGUCUCAUGUCCCCCCAGCCAGUCCAUGUCCUGAUACUUGAUGAUCUUCCCACUUGACGCUGCCAAAACCCACCUAGUAUGAAACUUGCAGCCAAUUCCUUUCCGGGGACAAGCUGUGGGGUGGGAGAUAUAAAGAAAUAAUAAUAAUGACCUGAAAUCGACCGAAGCACAAACAUUUAGGAAUAGAAAGCUACCUGGUGAGGAUAAUAAUACUGCUACCUUGUCUUCUUCAAAUCUUAGUGGGCUUCUGCUGCCCUUUCUGUUCCUCAGCUGCUGUGAUUCAGCUGCCUACUUGCACAUUCCCCAUUGAAACACUGGGUGGUCUCCUUUCCAAGUGUGUUGCUGUCUUGGCUUCCACAAAUAUAUUAAAGAGAACUGGAGUUAGGAAAGCAGAACUUCCUUUAUGGAGAAGUCAGAAAUAUUCAGGCAAAUUCCACUUGACCCCUGUGACGGGUGGUUGAUGGGAAGAGAGAUCUUUCAGUCGUACUUCUGUGCUGAAGUCACUGGAGAUUUUGAAAUGGAAGCUUUGCAUUCCAAACCAUUUCAAAAUGGGAGGUGAUUGCACAACAUCCCUGCGAGCUGGAAUUGAGACAGUUUUCGGGGGGAGGAGGCUGGUAUGCAGCGCUCCAUACUUGCGAACUGUGACUUUUGCACCGCUGACCUGUGUGAGAGCUCUCAGCAAUGAUAAGUAGACCGCAGAGCCUCCAUGCUGGGGAAGCCUCUACCUCUGAGUAAGAGAAGAUCUGUCACUAUGUUUGAGACUUAUUGGAGAGCUUUCUAGAAGCAACUGUUUAGUCCCAGGUUGGAAGGGGAAACUUGAAGGCCCCAUGUUGAGCCGUGCUGGCCACACUGGGGAUCCGUGUCCUCGAGGGAUGCUUGCUGUGAGCUGGGUUGUGAUGCUCUGGGGCCUUUGGCUCUCUGCCUGAGAUGCCAGAGAUGGCCUAGAAGGGGUUCGGAUCCUCCGUUGCAACAGCUCGGUUGGGACUGUGGGGGGAGCAGGCCCUGUGGGGCUUCUUCCACCUAGAGAAGCCUCUGUGGGACCAGGUUAUGGGGGGAGAUGAUGGUGUUUCCUUCCAUUCUCUCUAUUUUCCUGCCCCCGGACCUUUGCUGCUUUUGCUUCCUCUUAAACAGUUUAAUCUGGAAUCAGCUGUUCCCCAAGAUCUCUCCUUCUCUUGCUCAUCUUUCCCAAAAGGCAGCUUCCUCUUCUUGCAGGCCUCUCAUUCUCUUACGCCACUUGCCUUGGAAGUCAUGAUGCUGAGGAUGGCUUCUUCUUUCCCGCUUCUGCCAUUUCUUCUCCGAAAAACAACAAGAAAGCAAAUGUAGAUAUUCUACUACUGGGGAGGGGGCAGUAGUACUUACCUGUUCACCUCCCUGAAUCAUUCUCUCCCAGCCCAGCCUAUCUCACAGGGUAUCUGUUGUGGGAAUGUGAUGAGGAAUCUCUAUGGAAGCCACCUUGAGCAUCUGGUGGAAAGGUGGAGUAGAAAACUAACAACCAGAUAUAUCCAGGUGACCUUAGUGCACUGAUUGGGUGAUAUAAGGAGAGUGUCCUUUUAAGCGCCUGGCUCCUAAGCCAUUUAAUGUGAACCCCUUGAAUGGAGCCUGGCAUUUCCUCAGCUACCAGUGCAUUGCUUCAGGACUGGUGUUACACAGUCCCAUUCGCCCACUGCACUUGGUCGGGGCUGCCCUUGUUGGAGUGGCUGGGCUGUCUUCAAGGGCCGUCCCAUGUAGAGUGCUUUGCUGUAAUCCAAUCAACAGGUUACUAUGAUGUCAUCACUGACACUAGGCCGUCUCAACCCAAUAAGGGUAUAACUGGCAUGCCAGCCAGAGCCAAAGAUGGGUUUUCUUGCCAUUGAAUGAGAAGCCCCAAGCUAUGCACGUUUCUUUGGAGGGAGAGCUACCUCAUCAGGUAAUUCUUAGACAUGAGAGCCACCCAUUCACAGCCUAUGCUUUGUAUGAAUUCAGCUUCAGGCUUGGUCCUAUCAAGUGUUUCCAGGGGAGGGAAGGAGGUGGGUGUGGUGACAUGCUGCUGAGACCAAAUUCCAGAUCUCCAGGUGAGCCUCCCCAGCUUCUCCAUGUAGUUACUGAACAGCAGGGGAGAAAGAAUGGCAUUCUUGGAGCUCUCUGUGGCUUGGAGCAGUUUUGGAGUACAGCAGCAUAGAAAUACCAGUAAUAAAUAAACUCAAGAGCCAUCAGGCCAAGCUGAAAUCUCCCACGUCCACUCAGUGGUGGUCUUGCAGAUUAGAGUGGGACCACCAUAGCGUGUCUCAGUUUCCAACCAACUGACCACAUUGUGAUCAAUUUCAUCAAAGGCCACUGACUUCUAGGAGAAUCAACAAGGUUUCUGGUAGAGACCUUGGUAGAAGACAUCCAUCUAGGCAGCUAAGGCUGUUCCUGUACUGUAUCCAAGCCUGAAGACAAAGUAGACGAUUCUUCCAUGCGUAGUUGUGGCUCAGUGGUCAUCGACCUCUCAGAUACCUUGCCCGAGCAAGGAAUAUUUGCCAGCGGGCAGUGGUGCCCAGUACUGAAGAAGGGGCUGCCAUCACUUUCUUGCAUGAAGAGGACUGACCACUUCCUGAAAUUAUCCUGCUGCAAUUUAGAAGCCAUAAUGGAUCUAAUCCCACAUAUAUCCCGUCUGUCUUGUUCCAGUGUCUCCCUCUCACUGUUGGCUUUGCACAUGAGUGCCUAGUACACUUUCCGUAGGCAGUCUGCUUCCCUGAUCAGCCUUGCUGCUACCCCCACCCAGUCCCCACCACCUCUGAGUUCAAGAUGUCCAAGAUUCUCUCUUUGCUCCAUCUCUUUAUUGUUGAUUGCAUACAAGGUACCCCAAAUGUCCCUCUCUCUGCUUGGCUGUUCAUCUGCCUUCUCUCGGGCCGCCCUUUAUGAUGGGCUUCUUAACCUCUGGGUUUCCACCAGAUCCCUCUCUGAAGCCCCCCUCUUCAGCUGGAGCUUCCCCUUGGCCUCAGGGCGUCACCACCUUUGCUCUGCCCUGCCCUGUUUCUCUCGUGCUCUCUUUUUUAUUUUUAAAAGACUUGCCAUUUGGGAAAGGAUUUCUCAAACUUGUUCUUGUAAAGUACCUGUGGGGAUUGCAUGGUGGGGGUGACAGAGGUGAUGAUUACUGUGCAGACAUCUGAAUUCAAAGAGGAAAAGGGGAUUCGGAGCAUCUGUCAGGAACCCCUGAAAAAGCUGUGUCUUUCCCUGGGAUCGAAUGGAUCCGGCCCCUUGGUCCGGCCCGCCCCGGCCCGCCCAGACAGUUCCUCCAGCCGUUGUGCUGUGCCGGAUGACGCAGUGUCACUUCUGGGCCGCCCCUCAAGCUUUCCCAAUGUCCAGUUGGAGCCCUGAGAAGCAAACAGCUUGCUUUGGCUUUGCAGCAGCCUUUGGGAAAUGGCAGAAUUUUUCUUUUACAAGCUUGCAUGUUAAGCAGCUCCUGGAGGGAGGCCUUGUGUUGGUUUCCUGUCUCCCACUACAGAGAGAGUCUUGAGCGAGUGCGCAUUUUCCCAUCUUCCCUGCGGCUCUCGUGCUUGACUUUGUGCUGCGUGACCAUACCAGGCAUUGCACGUAGGGCCAGAGGAGAGGGCCAGGUACCUUCCCACCUACCCCCAGGGCGCCUCAACUGCCCACAAGAAGCCUCAUCUGGCCGUCUUUCACUUGGUCUUGUCCCCACCCCCGCUGCUUGCUCCCUACAGGGCAGAAACUAGUGGUCAGCUAAGAGAAUAUUCAGCAUAUUCCAGGAAAAAGGCCUAUUUAUAUAUGCUUGUGCUUCUAAAUCAACAGUGCUGUGAACCCAAGGAAUCCACCAGCUUUAAAUUAAUUAAUGCAUUAUUGACUACUGAGUUGCAGUAUAUUGAUCUGGACUCAGAGUGCCAGUGCAUUUCUCUGGGAUCCUUCUUCUGACAUUUGUACGGGCUGGAGCUGGGGCUACAAAAGGCCUGCAGCGAGGCUGUGCAAACUUAGUUGGAGUUGCACACAGCCUGGGAUCAGGAGCUGCUUGCACACACCUGUGCAAGCCUCACUGGCAGGAUGAAACAGGUUGUACACCCACCCCCACACUGCUGGUGUCUUGAGGCAGAGGGGCUGUGCGGGGGUGGUAAUUUCCCUGCUUGUUCUUUGCAAGGGCUUUGGCACUCGCAACAAAGCACCCAUCCCAGAAUGUUCAGGAAUUUAGGAAUAAUUCAGAGUAGCUGAGCCCUUCUCGGUCCCAUGUUGUCUGUGUUGCCAGGAGGCUGAGCGCCUGCUUUGGGAGGUGCGGCUCACCUGCUUGGCUGCAUCCUGUGACUGUCAGCGAACAGCAAAUGAGUUUUCGGUGGGGAGUCAGGUUGGCAGUGCACAGUUGCCACGUUAGCAAGAUCCUCCUUUGUGGAGUCCGUGGGGUUCUCUGAGCUUGGCUGUUUUCUUGCAGACGUUUCAUUACCCGACUAGGUAACAUCUUCAGUGCUAGAACGGAGUGGGGGUUGCUCUCUGCUUAUACACAGUAGCUCGCCCUGUCAGUGUUGGUGGGGGGCGGUCCAAGAUCCUCCUUGGAUCCCUCAUGACUCCUUUGGAAGGAGCCACUGCUGCCCAGGGCUUGGAAAAUGCACCCUUCUCACCUUGGCUAUGUGACAUUCUUAUACCUCCACCUUUCUUCCUUUCAAGGGAGUGAAAGUGGCCGGUUCCUUGGCGAGGACCAUGGACUUCUGAAAGUGUGACGGGACAGUGAAUUGGGCCGGGCGCCAUGUCCACCACAGGCAUUGCAGCUCAGGAGGUCAACCUUUCCUUGAACGCCGGCUUUCUCUGUAAUGGGAGCCUGGAGGCCUGUUGCCGUGGCCGCAAUAGGCAGCUUGAAAAUCCUUUCUUCAACAUGGACUCUGUAGCGAUGGCCUGCAAUUUGAAUUCAGGACACCAUCCCUUAACAUCCAUUGGCCAGAUCUCCUGUCCUGAUCCAGAUCGCAGUCAUGGCUGCAUCUUGCCUCUGAGAGCCAGCCCUUCUCUCCUUCGCCCGCCAAUCCCUUCCAACUCGGAAGACAGCCUCACUUCUGGCUUCAGUGGACUUUCCCUGAGCAUGAACCCCUGGAGCACUGAUGAGGUGCCUCCUCACACCCCAGGGAAGAGUGGGGCGCUUCUCCCCCCUCCCGUGUCUUCUAAUGAGCGAGGUGCCCGGCCUCUGCCCCCGCUGCCCAUUGCCGAAAACUUCCUGCAUGAUGAGGUGGACCGAGAAGUUGAGUUCCUGACCAGUUCAGAUACUGACUUGUUGCUGGAGAACUGUGGUAGCCCUGCUUUUAAGUUCUCUGCUCAGAGUAGGCGAAGCUUCAGGGGCUGUGGGCAGAUUAACUACGCCUACUUUGAUGCUCCAGCAGAGGCGAAGCCAGAGCAGGGCGGCUGCCCAGAGGGUGCCUGCCCUCCACCACCACCACCGCAUCAGUCGCACCGGCGGUUACGCCGCUCACAUUCUGGGCCAGCUGGGUCCUUCAACAAGCCGUCAGUCAGGGUCUCCAGCCACGUCUGUCGGUCUUCUCCCAGCUCCGACGAUGAUAAACCAGAAGUUCCCCCCAGGGUCCCUCUGCCUCCCCGGCCACUCAAGCCAGAUUAUCGGAGGUGGUCGGCUGAAGUGACUUCCGGUGCUUACAGUGAUGAGGACAAGCCUCCAAAGGUGCCUCCAAGAGAACCUCUGUCCUGGAGUAAUUCUCGAACGCCAAGUCCCAAAACCUUGCCGGCCUAUCUCCACGGAGUCAUGCCCCCAACUCAGAGUUUUGCCCCAGAUCCCAAGUAUGUCAGCAGCAAAGCUCUCCAGAGGCAGCACAGUGAAGGUGCUUCCCACAAGGUGCCCUGCAUCCUCCCCAUCAUUGAGAACGGCAAGAAAGUCAGCUCCACUCACUACUACCUGUUGCCGGAGAGGCCUCCCUAUCUGGACAAAUACGAGAUGUUCUUCCAGGAAGCCGAAGAGAGUGGCUUGAGGCCAGAGGGGCAGCAGCGAGGCAAUGAUACCGCCACGAUAGUCAAGGCUGACCUGGGAGGACUAGUAAAACGCAAACACUUGCCUUGCAUGGUUUCUCCCUAGGGACCGGUAAUGGCAGGGCACAGAGAAUAGCAAGUGGGAAAGCUUUUGAACCCCAGGAUGACAAACUCUUCUCCGAGGGACACGUGCAGAGACCUAGCUGCCCCGGAUGUCCGAUGGAAGGUGGGAAGGGCCUGUGCUGGAGCCUCCUGGGCAGGCUGCAGCCGUAGCAACGUUCUGGGCUCAGCUGCCAACACCCAUUUGCACGGGCAGGAGACGACUUGGAGAAGAACAAGCAUACGCAGCUGAGGUUGGCCAGUUACUGAAUAUUCUAGAGUAAUAUAUAUAUAUAUAUAUAUAUAUGUAGAAAUCACCUAAGUAGAAAAUAAUUGCAGUCUUGCUAAGAAGACCAGUGGCUUAAGCUGAAAGCUAAGCAGCAGAGUUCAGUAUUUUUGUUGGUGUUAACAGAUAUCUUUCCGCUUGGUGAUAGGUAGCCCUUUAAAUUAUUUUUCUUCCAGGAUGUUCUUUUCCCUUCCUGGAAGGGGUGACAGAGCUGCUCCCAGCCUGAAGGACCCUCCUGUGGGAAAAACACGGCAGAGGGCAGAGUUGGCCACCCACUUCCCGACUUUGCAAGCUCAUCCGUGUACCUUUGCACCUACUUAGUCCUGAUCCAGGCAGUCAGGCUGGGUUGGCAGGGCAACUGUCUUCAUCAUGAGCCCCCGGAAGGAUUUCUCUGAUUUCUCUGAAUCAACAGCUGUGUGUUUCUGCAGCUGGAGAGGGGUUUGUGUUGCCACAUAAAUUACAAGAUGCAUUCCAAGCAGGGCACUAUCUUUGUUUGAAAAGGGGACCAAUUUCUUCUCCUCAGGGAGGAUAGAAAGCAACGUGGCCCAAGCUGGUCUUGGUCGUGGGUCACGAGCCUUGGGAACAAAGCAUACUUGGUCCCUGGGGGAGGCUCAAGCCCUCCGAUUCUCCCUUUCUAAUUCUUUCUGAUCCAUGGAGGGAUGGGUGCAAAGGUCUGUCUUUCAUCCCAUCUGUCCUUCUUUUUCACCUGCUGAGACACAUGCACACUUUAUAAUAACCAGAAGGCAAAAGGUGCUCUCUGACCAAGGUCCGUCCAUGGUCUUUGGUUUAACAUAAACCCAAUUGUUUACACUUACCUAACUUCUAAGUGGGAACAUUUUUCUGAAAUUUUAGGAAAGCUGACAAGCUCUAGUACAAACUAAAUGAAGGCAACAUUAAUUACAUGUUAUAGAAAUAAUGCACUGAAAAAUAUCAGAUGUACAGUAUUGAGGAAUUAUGUUGAGUUUGUAUUUUGGAUAAUUGUCAUGUCUUGAAUUUAAUAAAGUUAUUAUAUACUUAUUUAUGGUAA